AUGGGAACGCGAAGCUCUGCCUCCAGUGCGUCGCCCACCCACCCGUCACUCGGGAAAUCGCCUGGAACGCCGGGGUUUCAGGAAUUCCGGACGGAUCUCUUGGCCUAUCAUGUUCCGGAUUUCGUGAUCGGCACGAGAAAGACCGGCCCGCACACUGUGCAUCUGGAUGGCACCUGCAUGUUCAUUGACAUCAGCGGUGACGCUGUGUUCGCCAUCUGGGAAGCUCGCGGCAAAAACUGGUGCCAACUGGUCCAUGUCGUCAUCUGUUGUGCCAUGCAGAUUCAGGCCACUUGUGCCAAUUGGAAAACUUCAUUUCCGGACAUCAAACUCAACGUGAAAAUCGGGAUAGCAGCGGGGCCGAUCACGUUGAUCUUCUUCGGGAACAAGAACUUCAAAAGCUUCAUCGAAUGCGGACCAGCAGUGGAUGCAGUGAACAAGGCAGAAUCCCAGUGCAUGGCAGGGGAGGUGGUGCUCUCUCAUCAGACGUGGAUCAUGUUCUGUCUCCCCAUUUGGUACAACCACGAGAUCUGCGCGGAUAGAAAACACGUGAAGAUCAAGCACAUCCAGACCAACCCAAUGAAAAUUGAAUUGCAACCUGGAGAACUCCAGGAGAGGGAGGCAGUCUCCUUCGCAGUCAAGAACAACAUGUGGAGGAAACUCGUUCCUUACGUCAUUCCACCAGUACUCAAACAAGUGAUGGAUGGGCUGGAAGGUUUCAUGGCAGAGAUGAGACAGGCAACAAUCAUGUUUAUCAAACUCGAGGAGAAGCACACGGAGACAGACGAUAAAUCCAUCAUCCUCACGGCUACUUUCAAUAUCAUUGUGGAGCACAUGGUCCAGAACAAGGGGAUGAUGACAAAGGUUUUCAUGUUCGAUAAGGGGAUGCUCUUCCUGUGUGUCUUCGGGCUUCCUGGCUAUAAACAGACGGACGAGUGUGCAGUGGCUCUCCGGACAGGCCAUGCCGUCAAAUCCGACCUCGAGAAAUUGGGCAACAUCGAAAGCGCCUCGAUCGGCAUCGCCACAGGCCUCACGUAUUGUGGCGUUGUAGGCCAUGCAUACAGGCACGAAUACACUGUGAUCGGAAGGAAGGUGAAUCUAGCAGCCCGGUUGAUGACCAGCUACCCUUCCAAACUGACUUGCGAUUAUGACACUCACAACUGCUCCAAGUUGCCUCCAAGUUCUUUCCAGAAGCUGGAACUUAUCCCUCUGAAAGGCUUUGCUGACGUCGGCCCCAUUUACGAAUUCCUCGGGGUUAUCGAGCAGUCGACGACAGACCUGGCGAUCCGCAGUUUCCGUCUCCCGAUGAUCGACCGACACAAGCUCAUCAUGGUCGUUCUCAGGCAGCUUUUGACGAGAAUCCCCUCUCAUUUCGUCAUCAUCUACGAAGGCUCGAUUGGGAUGGGGAAGACUCGUCUCCUUGACUCCAUCCUCCUGGAGGUGACUUUCCGGAAUAUGGCCUUCAUUGGCAUCUCAGUGACUCACGACGAAUCUCCGAAGCCAUAUCAUGUCCUCGCACGAAUCCUUCUGCAGGUUGCAAAGGCGACGAAUUCGAGGUUGAUGAUCGUGGUGGACAAUGCCCACUCCAUGGAUCGAGAGACUUGGGAAUGGGUUGAGCACGUGGCUCAAUUGAAGCCCAAGCUCUUCAUUGUGGUUCUCACUCUAGAUUCCGUCACUUCCCGAUUCAUCCACAAGGCAGCUGUGGAAGAGUUCUUGAAGAGCGAUCUCAUCCUUCGGAUGACCAUAGAUUCCCUAACCAACGAAGUCCUUGCCACCCUUGCCUGCCAGUUUCUCAGUGUUGCUGCUGUGUCUUGGAAAAUCGUCGAUUUGCUUCAGAAGAAGAGUGACGGAAACCCAGGCUGGUGUGAGGAAGUGCUGAAACAGCUGCGAGAUCGAGACUUAGUCACCAUAGAGCCCCUCGACGCCCACCCUGGAUCAAACCUCAUCUUUGGAGACACACAUUACCUCAUGGAGAGACAGAGGGUUCGUGCGGAAGACACAAUGUCCUCUCUACACGCCCCCCAGUUCACCCUCACCGAAAAUGAGCGCAAGUUUUCCUUCAUUCCAUACGAAUCGGAGGAGUCGACGAAGACGGAAGCUGCAGAGACAAGGAAAAACUUAGAAGGAAAGCAAGUUCCGCUGAAGGAAAGCAAGCUCCAGGAGAAAGAAGCCGAGGCCCAGCCCGGAUUCCCACCUGAAUCACUGGUGAAUACUCUCCAGGAUUAUCCCUUCGAGAUCACGCAUAAAGCCGAAGAUCUGUUUCUCAAGUGUGAUGAACGUUCAACUUACAAAGAGGACGAGUUGGUAGAAGUUAUGAGUCUUCCAGAGAAACUUGAUAAUAUGGUAUCCUCUUCUUCUCUACAAGAAGCCGCUUUCGUUUCCGAAGGAGUCACUUUGGAAAAUCUUCCAUUCGUGGGCGAUAUGAAAGAUAUGGUGCUUUCGCGACUGGAUGAACUGAGUCACUUCCAGCUUUUUUACCUCAAAUGCGCGGCCGUGCUUGGAGAUUUUUUCAACGUUUUCCUUCUCCGGAAAAUGCUUUCAGACAUUCCCGACGACAAAUUCAUACGAAGGUUUUCUGGAAUUCGAGCCAUCAGUCUGGGAGAUCGAACGAACAUCGGACCUCCUCCUCUCAUGGCGAAACUUAUCUCAGAUCCCAGCAAUCGACUCAUGUGCGAUUGCAUCGUCGAGAGAGGUGGUCACCCGAUGGACAUGGAGGUGUAUUGCCCCAUCUUCCGUUUUACGAAUCCCCUCCUAAGAGAGGCAGCUUACGAGAUCUUGACAGACGACCAACGGAAGUCUCUGCAUAUCGAGGCUGCCAACAUCUUGGAGACGUUUGACAUGACCUGCAAGGACUGCGGAGGGGAAGAGUACGUGAGCUGGAAAGAGGCCAAAAUGGACCGGGGGAAAGAGACCCGGUACAAGAUCAGUCAAGCGCCGUGGCUCGAAAAAGGAGUGAUGCGAAACAAACCCUAUCGCCUUCCACGCGAACUCACCCCGCAGGGCAUCUGCUGGCGAAGGGGCAAACGCGAGACGGUCACCGACCGGAGAUGGAAGGGAUUUGGACCGAGGAUCCUACUGAUACGGAGAGGGAGGAAACGGGAAGGGAGACGGGAUCACGUGUCCGUAGAGAAGCAAUUCAUCCAGAAGGGGAAAAGGGGAGCAGUCGUGAUUCUGGGGGAACAAGCUGAGAUAGACGGGAGGAAAGCUGGUGUCAGUGAUCCCUCGGAGAUGCCUUUAAGAACGUCGGCAGGCUCCGGCUAUUAUUUCAUGGAUUCCCCUCCUGGGAUCACGAGGUUCAGCACGAAAGAAAGCAUCCUGUUUGAACCUGAGAGAGAAGGCGGCUCGAGCUCGAAAAUCAGUCCAGGGAUGUGUUAUCAGAGCAUCAGAGACCUCUCGGUGCCCAGGCAGGUGUCACCAACGACGACCCUGGCAAUGAACCGAAGUACUGAAUGCUUCCGCUUCCGUUGCACUUCUCCCUGUCAUCACCUACGACACUCAGCGGGUUGGCGAAAGUCCACGCAAGACGGUUUGGAAAGGGAGCACGGGGGUCGAGGCUCACAAUUCCUAAUUGGUGCUGGAGAAGCCAACCCCUCCUUCCCAUUCCAAGGGUUGGCCCCACAGCAGGCUAGAGGACUCAGGGCCAUCGGGGAACUGCCGGAAAUUGUCACCUGGAUCACCAACUUCGUCCAGGGUUAUGAUCGAGAGGACGUUAUGGGACAAGGGCAGGGGCCAGAUGUCAAUCAACAGGGGCCCAGACGUUUUGCUCAUACCAAUUGGAUGCAGACAUCCCGUCGAUUCAGUGACUUGCGAGAAGAGAAGCGACAAUUCGCGAUCACGACGGUGAGUCCGAACCAAUAUUUUCCCUCCACAAGAGUUCAAGAAUUUCUUCAAGAGCUCGAUGCUUUCGGCGAGCAUACUAGCCCGAAGUGA